AUGCCAGACGGUUUAAAGGUGAUCAAGGUAAUGAUUGCAAAUGAAGCGGUUCGCGAAAAUCCGGUAUUGGAUUUAAGGGCAAGUGCCAAGUGUGGCCAAGUUGGGCACUUCAAGCGGGACUGCCGUAAGAGGAGCAACACGGAGGAAGAUGACGCUGUGUUUGCUGUGGGAGAAAAGCGAUGUGCUGGGUGGCCUAUUGACAGUGGUGCCACUUGUCACAUGACACCUCACCAGAGUGAUCUUUUUGAUUACGAGGUUUUGAGCGGGGGUUCGGAGGUUACUAUCGCGGACGGUAAGAGAUUACAAGUUACAGGAAAGGGGGCGGUCGAGCUUAUUGGAUUGGACAAUGUGCGAAUCAAGGUGGUCGAGGUACUUCAUAUUUCAGGUCUUGAUAGGCGAUUGUUAUCAGUUGGGAAACCGGCGGAAUUAGGUUUAAGGUUGCAUUUCAAGGCUCCUCCUGUGUCAUCCGGAGUACAAGGCGUGCUAUUGCUAAAGGCAACAGAGUUGGCAAAGCAUACGUGCUGGACUGCGAGCAAGAAAAGGCUAGGCUUGUGA